AUGACGAAUUACCAAACCUUUCUACAGCGCGUGACGAUUCAACAAGGAGACAAAAUCAAACCUGGAACUCUUGCCGUCAAGAUUUGUACCUGUCAAGAAGCAGACGAAUUGAUUCCGGACGAAUUUAUCCAAAUACUCAAGCCGAGACUGAAAGGAUUUCAAUGCCAUCCAGAUCAAGAAAAGCGGGACUAUAUCUUGUUGAAGCUCCACAUCAUCGAAGGCUUGGUUAUCACCAUAUUCAAGGUUGAUAAGGGCGUUAUCUUUGAACAAUUGUACCAAGUUCCAUCCAGCUUGGUUCGAACGGUAUUUGCGCCCCCAGAAUAUUUCAUCCCGGAAGCUGUAACGUAUUUCGAACGGCUACGGAGUUUUUUCAUGAUCAAUGGAUGGCCUACAAUUCAAUACUGUUUGCAAAUGGCUGCCAAAACAGACGAGGACCUCCAAGCCCGAAUGCGUGACCUUCCAGAAGAUGAAUUUGUCAAACAGCACAUGUAUGUCAAGGCCUUCACCAAAGACAAGAUCGUUGGCUCGCGCAAUGCACUUUCCACAAGCCCAGCCAUGGUCCAUUGUGAAACAGUUGCAACUGAACUCAAAAGGUGGAUUCCGGAAGUUGACGCACCAGUAUCGCAAGAAGCAGCCGAAGCCGUUCGGGCGAUAUUUCGAGACCAGGAAGGCAGUGAAACCUACAUGCAGCCAGAGCCAAAAGCCUUGGGAGAAGCUGCGGCGAAGACGAUUCCACAAGUACUAAACGAUAUUGGCAAGAUGGAAGGUGGAAAGGACGUCACUGUCGUCAUCGAACGUCAUACGCGAAAUAGCCUAAAGGCUUACGAUGAGGAUGCGGAAAAUAGAAUGUUCAAAAAGACUCGCAUUGACAUUGGCUGCAAUGUAGGUCUUGGACACUUCGAGGAUCAUUUGGGUGGAAACCCAGUCAUCGAUUUGGCUUCUCUUUUUUUGAUAUUUGCCGAAAAUGUUUCCAUCUUGAUCAAAUUGAAAGCCAUCGCUUGCAAGAUUCGCUUGAUGUGGUAUGAAUGGAAAGGUGGGCUCAUUUCCCGAGAGCAUUUGGAUGAAACAUUUGGGAUGCUUCUAUCGUAUGCCAUGAAGUUGCAUGCUCCAUUCAACAAGAAGUACGAUUAUAAUACGCUCGAUGGCUUUGUGAGCUCCGACAAGACCACCCGGUUGUCCAUGUGGGAGGCAAGACGAUUGUAUUUCUCACCAGAUUGGUUUCUUGGUCCAGCAAAGGAUGUUCUCAACUGUGCCAUGAACAUUGGAAACGGAAUCCCGGCUGCCUUUCUUCAGGCUUUUGGGCACAAUCUAGGACUUCCCCUAACCCAGUACAUAUUGCACAAGGUGUAUGGAUGGCCGGAACGAAUUCCUCUGGAUCCCAACUUUCAAUGCUUUCAUUGUCAAUACAAUCCAACCAAAGAGAGAAAGCAAAGUGAUCCAUCCAAGCCGGAACGAUACGUUUUCUAUUGCGGCAAUGGCAAUCCAGGUUUUCGAUUCAAUAAUCAAUUUAUCUGCGCCAACUGCAGACGAACCAGUGCCUAUACAACCAGCCUUCGAAACUUCCUGCGGGAGAACGAAGAUUCUCUGUCAGCAAAGCGGAAGACAACACUGGCAAAGCUCGAGAAGAGGGAGGACUAUCACCGAGAAUAUGUACGAACGCAUCCAGAACCAAAGAUCACCGCUCAGAGAGACAGUCGCAAACACCAAGUGAAACUUCUUUUGGAUGAAACCAAGCGGCACGAGAAAGCUGACAAAAUGAGAGCUCUGCAUGAAAAACAAAAGGCAAAUGGUACUGUCCGCAAGAUCACCAAAACAUAUUUCAUGAAUGCUGGAUUGAAAUUCCGCUAUCCAACAGAGCUACGCAAGCUUUUGAAUCUGGCCGUCUUUGUCUUGAUUCGAGAGAUUGGUACUGCUGAUGUCAUAUCUUCUACUCUGCUAUUUGACAUGUUUCGGGCGUUGGUAGAUCGGUAUGCGUCGCAGCAGCAAAACGGAGAAGCAGUCGUUCCAUUCCAUACAGAUGGACGACGAACCUAUUACCAAGAAGAGCUCUACCGGGUUGUCCGAUUGUACAUGGACAAGGAUGCCAAUGUCAGUUCCAAGACAUGGAAGAUCAAUUCUCAAGGCUACAAUGACAUGACUGUUGAAAUGAAAGCGACCGCUUAUGCCAAUUUUUCCAGCACGAGUGAGAGUGAUUUCGCUCAGUAUAUUGUAUGCCUAGGACAUGACGAACCAUAUGUAUUGUCCAUGGACAAGUCAAGGAUGGUGCGGGAUCCAGACGAUGACUUGGAAGACGCUAAAAGUCACAAACUGAAGGAAGAUUACGAGCACAUCCAAGCUGCAUACGAUGAAUGGUAUGGACGUGGAGGAUUCGAAAAUGUCCCAAUUCCCGGUGGUAUUCAAGCUUGCGAGGAGCGUUUUCGGAGCAAAUGGCGCACAGACUUCACGAAUGUGAACAAGAAAAGAUUCUUUGACCAAAAGAAAAUCUGCGAAGCAUUGAACGAAGCACUCGAUAGCUGUACUGCUCAACAAGACCGCGAUGAGGUGAUGCAUCAGUGGAAUGAAAUGUUCCGAAAUUGCAGCAAGACUGGAACAAAAGCAGCAACAAAGCUGAAAAAUAUGAAGAAUAAGCUGUUAGACGAAAAGAAAAUCACCCGAAGAGAGGCAAGAGGUAGAGUGACUCAUAGAUAG